AUGGCGAUUCCAAGGUUAAGCUCUCUGCUGCGGUUUAGAAAAUUGGCUAAAAGCGACUGGCUUGUCGCUUCAAUUGGAUUUGUACUAAUCGUAUUUUCCCUCUCCUUCUUCUUCGAUCCCACAUCAGACUCUACCAUCCCCUCCGUUGAUCGAUCUCUGCCUAUCAGCGAUCUGGUUAAACUGAAGUUGUCGAGUAAAGCUAAAGAGAGAGGAGCUUUUUGUUUGGAUGGAAGCUUACCUGGGUACCAUUUUCAUGAGGGUUCUGGAUCUGGCUCACAAAGCUGGCUUGUUCAUUUGGAGGGUGGAGGCUGGUGCAAUACUAUUGCGUCAUGUUCUGCUCGAGCAAUGACUAAAUUAGGUUCUUCCAACUACUUUGAAAAGGAAGUGGCCUUUCAAGGUGUUUUAAGCAGUGACCCAUCUCAAAAUCCUGAAUACUUGUAUAUGAAGUAG